UCGAAGAUGCCAAUUAACCAGAUUCUGCUGAGUUUGCUAUGGCUGUCAACAAUGGUUGACUACGGCAACCUACAAAGAUCACAUAACCGUUUGCCAUCUCAAUGGUACAAUAUCUGCAAGGCAAAGCCCGGGUUGUCAUGCCUCGGUUCGACGACAGACACACGAGUUGUCAAUGUAAUGAGAAAGAAACUGCAUACUUGUGUUGUGUGUGAUGUCGGUCCAAACGACAUUUGGAAUUUUCAUGACUUCAGAAGUUUUCUUCAACAUUCAAGUAGGAAUUAUGCAAUGGCUGUUCGAUGCCAUGAUGGUGGAAACAUCACUCUACCGUUUCCAAUGCGUGCAGCCGGUCUGGAAUAUAUCUCUAUCACAAACUGUUUAAUAGUAGACUAUAUGUCAGAAUAUUUCGACACCACCAUCGAUACUAUUCCCGAUACGUUGAUACAGAGUAGUAUUACAGACUCAGUCAUGUAUGUUGACAUUUUAAAUCUUGCGGCUGUUGCCAACGAAAUGAGCAACAUGACAAAAUCAGCAAAGUGUGGACCCGAGAAGAAUAUCAUGGUCUCAAUUGCAAGAAAUAUUUCGUAUGCAUUUGCGGAAUUACCAGAAAGAAUUGAAAACGAAAUUUUGACAAAUUUUACCUCGUAUACGGCUACAAAUUUCAUCCGGGGUCUUCUUACAUCCUCCCAUAUCUGUGUUUAUUCAAACCUCUUCGAAAUGGAUAUCAGUGUGUCUAACACCCGAGGCGCAAAGUUUGACAGCAUUCUUGUCCACAAUGCAGGUUACCCUAAACUACAGACUCUAAAAGUUUCCGAUUCAUUUCUUAGUAAAAUACCAGAAAGGUUCAAUGACUGGAGAUUAUAUCUACCUAGACUAAUGACUCUUGAUCUGUCACACAAUAACAUCGCAGACUUCAGUGGUGUGUUGGAUUAUGGAGACAGAUUUCGAGAAUCCAAAAUUGGUACUCUAGAUCUUCGAUACAAUCGUAUAUCUACUAUAGCAUUGGACGAACUAGAAUAUUUACGAUAUCAUAGUUUUGUAAAGAUUGACAUCAGAAACAAUCCCUUUAUUUGUGACUGUGAUAUGCGAGACUUCAUUGAUUAUUUUAGUCGGCCUAAUGAUCUGAUGAAAGGAGGAAAUGCUAGCCAAUACGACUAUUUGCGACGCCUAAAAUGCCAAGAACCACCCUCCUUGAAAGGUCGAACAAUUGUAGAUUUAAACUUUAAUGAAAUUGGAUGCCCAGGUGACGUGUUGAACUUUCAUGAUUUAAGACGCUUCCUACAGGAGCAGUCUAGCAUAAAGAGCUACGCCAUCACAGUUCGAUGCUAUAAUGGAGGAAAUGUCACACUGCAAUGGCCUCUUCGUGCAGCAGGUCUGAAUUAUAUUUCCGUCAGCAACUGUUUGCUGGUGAAUUACACGGCAGAUUAUUUUGAUAAAUCUAUCAACCAAGUCCCAGAUACAUUAAGAUACUACAGCAUUACCAACUGUGUGAUGUAUAUCGAUGUCAUCGAUUUUAUGAACGUCACCAACAACGUUAACUUGGUUACAAAGGCGGCGAAAUGUGGGCCCGAAGAACACCUCUUUGCUGCCAUCAAUAGAAAUAUUUCAUACCAGUUCAAGACUAUUCCCGAUUCUAUAAUAGAAGAAGUCGACGCCAAUAUGUCCAGCCAUACACCCCGAAAUUACCACAGAGGAGUAUCCGUAUCACCUAUCACAUGUAACUACACGCAACUAUUGUUAAUUGAUCAAAGUAAGGCAACAAGUCUAGGAUCAAAGCACGACAGCGUGUUGCUUCAGAAUUCUAACUAUCCUGUGCUCCGCACGCUAAAUCUUUCCGCAUCUUCGUUGACGGAGCUACCAGAACGCCUGGACGAUUGGAGGUUGUAUUUUCCCCGACUUAAGCAUUUAGAUUUGACGUAUAACUUUAUAAAAGAAUUUCAAACCGUUAUGGACUAUGGGAUGGAGAGCGAAGAUCCAAGUGUUGGACUACUUGACUUAAGAAUGGCAAGAGUAACGUUGAUCAGUAUGGUUUUGUCAUCUCUCUUGAUCAUGAUGUCAGCUUCAUUGAAUACUAUAAACUCUACAGAGACAUUCCAAGGUAGUGCCAAAUUCCCGUUGGAUAUUGAAAGCAGUGCAAACUUCACCGAAGAAGAAAUAACGUUCUUGGGUACUCAGCUUGGUGGGGAUGUGUUGGAGAAUCGUUUACCGCAAACGUGGUCAAACAUAUGCACUAUUCAGCACGGAUUAGAAUGUCUACAUCCAUCAACCAAACAAAGCGUGGUUGAUAUUCUAAAAAUAGUACAACCGACAUGCGUACUAUGUUCUGUUGUUCAUGGAGACGUCUUGAAAUUCGAAGAUUUAAGAAAAUUUCUACAAGAUCCGACGGUGAGGGAACAUUACGCUGUCACUAUUGGGUGUCAAGAAGGGGGGAAUAUCACAUUACCUUACCCAAUGCGAGCUGACGGACUUAAGUACAUCCAUGUACACAACUGUUUGAUACGCAACACAAUGGCGGAUUAUUUUAAUGCUGAGAUCAACUUGAUUCCAGAUACGUUGGUGUAUUACGCAAUUACAGAUUCCGUGUUUUAUGUCGACUCCGGUUAUUUCGCACACAUUAUAAAGAACAUGCAAUAUAUCACAAAAUCAGCGAAAUGCGGCCCGGAAAAGGAACUAAUGAUUGCGGUUAACAGGAACAUUUCGUACGCUUUUAACAAGAUUGUUCUUCCAGCACUUGAACCGAUAAAGCGUGAGGAGAGUCCGAACGCAGCACGUGCUUUCCAUCGCGGAAUGUCUCGUGCAGCAUUCACGUGUAACUAUACCAAACUUAUCGAACUGGACCGAAGCGUAGACAAAAAUCUUGGUUCGAAACACGAUAGUGUUCUUUUACAAAACUCAGAAUUCCCAGCACUCCUUGUGUUCAAUUUAUCAUAUGUGUUGUUAAAAGAGUUACCGGGGAAACUCGAUGACUGGAGAUUGUAUUUCCCACGUAUGAAAUACCUCGAUUUGACACAUAAUAAAAUUAGCGAUUUCAAAAGUGUGCUUGAUUACGGGAUAAAGACGGAGGAUCCAAGUAUGGGAACACUUGAUCUACGCUACAACAACAUAACCACCAUUACUUUAAAACAACUUCGAUCACUACAACAUCAUAAAUAUGUAAAAGUUGACAUUCGAGACAAUCCAUUUGUUUGUGACUGUGGAAUGCGGGAUUUUGUCGAGUUCUUUCGUCAUAAAAACAAUUUAACCAUCGAUGGUGCGGUGGGACAAUACACCUACCUGCAGGAUCUGGAAUGCCAGAAACCAGAAGUGGUAAAAGGUCGUAAAAUUGUCGGUUUAACUAUCCACGAGUUGGGCUGCGAUUUGGAAACAACGACUCUACUAGCAGCGCCAAUUAUCAUACUUUGUGUCAUCGUCGUUUUUCUCAUCGUCUUCAUCAUCAUUAUUAUAAAAUACAGGAAGGAAAUUGUCAUUCUUGCAUUUACCAGGUUACAUAUUUUGCUCCCUUGCCAACGAGUGGAAGACAACGCAGGGAAGAAAUUCGAUGCGUUCGUUUCGUAUAGUCAGCAUGAUUCGGAUUGGGUAUUAAAAACUUUGGUACCGGGAUUAGAGCGUCCCCAUGGCCUAGAUCCGUUCAAACUGUGUCUUCAUCAACGAGAUUUUGCAGUAGGAACGGCCAUUGCAGAAAACAUUGUAAACAGUGUUGAAACUAGUCGUCACACCAUUCUGGUGAUUUCCCGGAAGUUCCUGGAAAGUGAAUGGUGUUUGAUGGAAUUUAGAACAGCUUUUCACCAAAGCUUGCUAGAAAAGAAGAAACACCUAAUACUUGUUACAGUCGAGCAAUUAGCGCCGGAGGAACUCGACGCUGACCUAAAACGGUGUAUGCAGACGUUGACUUAUGUCAAUAUCAAUGACAGGUUGUUUUGGGAUAAAAUUAUAUUUUCUCUGUCCGAUAAAAGGAAAAGGAAUCAAAAUGUUAUUUUUUUCAAGAACAUUAAACGGUUUGCCUUUCGAGACCGUAAACAACAACAGAUAAAUCAACCGCAGCCGGAAAUUGACAAUAAUAAUGAUGCGAAAUGAUAUGCAUGUACAAUCUUGUCAGUGUAUGGUAUUGAUUUUGUAAUUAAAUUAAUGUAAA